AUGGCAGCAGCGGCGCUGGCGGUGAGGUCGCGAGGUGGCGGUGGAGCUUCGCCCCCGAGCUCGCCCUUCCUGGGCGCAGAGCUGCGCAAGUGCGACUCGGAGGACGAGGACGGGUCGUCCCCGCUUCUGACGCCCCCGCGGACGCCCACCUCGGCGAGCGCGCCGGCCUUCCGCUUCUCCUCCCCGCCCCCGCACCACUCCCCUCACCAGCCCGCGCUCACGGCGUUCGCCGCCCUGGAAGGCGGGCCGUGGGCGUGCGGGCUGCGGAGGCCCCGAAAGGAACGCCGCCUGGCGCAGCCAUGGUUGACGAGUAGCGGCCCGCCAGCGGGUGUGAACGCCGAAUGGCGGGUGUGCUGGGCGGUGGUGCGACCCCGCCCCGCCGGCGGCCGGGGCAGCCAGAAGCGGGCCGCCGCCGCCGCGGGCCGCCGCCGCCGCUUGCCGCCCGUACGUCGCCGCCGCCGCCGCCCCGCCCGGUGGCGGCUGCCGGGGCGGGGCCCCGGCGGCGGGUACAUCCACUCCAAAGAGAAACCGUUCAAAUGCGCCGACUGCGGCAAGGGCUUCUGGCCAGUCGCGGACUGCUAG